ACCGGCGGGGCCAUGGCUGUCACUUCCCUGUUGUCCGUGUUGGCCGCCCGGCUGUCCCGGCCCACGCAGGGCUGCCGCCUCCACCAUCGCCCCUUCCACCUCGCGGCAGUUCGAAAUGAAGCGGUUGUCAUUUCUGGAAGGAAACUGGCCCAGCAGAUCAAGCAGGAAGUGCGGCAGGAGGUGGAAGAGUGGGUGGCCUCGGGCAACAAGCAGCCACACCUGAGCGUGGUUCUGGUUGGGGAGAAUCCUGCAAGUCACUCCUAUGUCCUCAACAAAACCAGGGCAGCUGCAGAUGUGGGAAUCAACAGUGAGACAGUUGUGAAACCAGCUUCAAUUUCAGAGGAAGAAUUGUUGAACUUAAUCAGUAAACUCAAUAAUGACGAUAAUGUAGACGGCCUCCUUGUUCAGCUGCCUCUUCCAGAGCACAUUGAUGAGAGAAAGAUCUGCAAUGCUGUUUUUCCAGACAAGGAUGUUGAUGGCUUUCAUGUAAUUAACGUAGGGCGAAUGUGUUUGGACCAGUAUUCCAUGUUACCAGCUACCCCAUGGGGUGUGUGGGAAAUAAUUAAGCGAACUGGCAUUCCAACCCUAGGGAAGAAUGUAGUUGUGGCUGGAAGGUCAAAAAAUGUUGGAAUGCCCAUUGCGAUGCUACUACAUACAGAUGGGGCGCACGAACGUCCUGGAGGUGACGCCACUGUUACAAUAUCUCAUCGGUAUACACCCAGAGAGCAGUUGAAGAAACAUACAAUUCUUGCAGAUAUUGUAAUAUCUGCUGCAGGCAUUCCAAAUCUAAUCACAGCAGAUAUGGUCAAGGAAGGAGCAGCAGUCAUUGAUGUGGGAAUAAAUAGAGUUCAAGAUCCUGUAACUGCUAAACCCAAGUUGGUUGGAGAUGUGGAUUUUGAAGGAGUCAGGAAAAAAGCCGGUUACAUCACUCCAGUUCCUGGAGGUGUUGGUCCCAUGACAGUGGCGAUGCUUAUGAAGAAUACCAUUAUUGCUGCAAAAAAAGUGCUGAGGCCUGAGGAGCGGGAAGUGCUGAAGUCUAAAGAGCUUGGAGUGGCCACUAAUUAACUCUUGUGUCUUCUACCACGAACAGAACUCCAAGCCAAUUCAAGAAGCAAAGCAGGCCAAUAGAAAUGCAAUAUUUCUAAUUUAUUCUACUGAAAUGGUUUAAGACGAUGCGUCGUGUUUAUCGACAUCUUACAUGGGUGCGUGUUUGCACACAUGGCUUUGCAGUACUUCACCAGGGAGCACACCAGUGUCAUACUGGGUCAUGUGAUCUAGCCAGGAGCAGCCAUGGACCUAGUGAUUAAUGUGGAAGACAUUGUCACAUUGAGAAUGGAUGCUUAACCUUGUCAAGCCACUUCACUUAAAAAUUUGCCUUUUCUAGAAUUGCAUUUCCUAAGUGCUAUUCCAAUAAGAGUUGAUACUCAUUUUAGGUUGCAAACCUCUUGAGUUCAACUAGUCAAACCAAAGGAAAAAUGUUGCUAGAGAAAAUUAGGGAAAAGGUGAAAAAGAAGAAAUGGUGGUAAUUGAGUAGAAAAGAAUUAUCUUAAUUUACAUACAUAUUGAUUGAUAACCAGAUUUAUCUAAAUAGAACUGAAUUGGCUAGGAAGAAGAGAAACUACACGUUAAUAGGCUGUCUUUUUGUGGCUUAGUCACUGGGAAAAUGUUUAGGGUUGUUCCUUCUCCUGUUGGCUCUCAUUUCAUGUGUUACACUUCAGCAAGGUCUCCUCAUUUUAGUUUUUUAGGAUGGAAAGGCUAAUUUUAUAAAGUAUUCAAUAUAUUGUCAUAUUUGGCUUUUGCUAUAUCUUUAAACUUCAUUGUUAAAUUUUUGUAUUGUUAGGGGGUGUCUGUAUGGUCUUUUUGGUAUAUCUUGAAACCUAUUUUUGAAAAACAAAACUUGGGCUUGAUAAUCAUUAGGGCAGCUUGUAUAAAUAUGCAAACAACUUUUCCACCAAAGAAUUGUCAGAAGCUGCCUGCUUUUCUCUGAUAUACUCUGUUGGCCUUCCCAAAAGAUUUAUAAGAGAUUGAGUAAUUGAAUCGAUUCAGACUCUCUGAUUAAAGGUUUUUUUUGUUUUUUGUUUUUGUUUUUUUGUUUUUUAAUAAAAUGCAUCUGUCUGGUGUGAAAUGAGUUUCUGAAAUACCAUAUCUUCCUACUACUGUCUUAGUUGUGACCUAAUCAAAAUUAACUUAUCUUAUUGGAUGUAAUCAAUGUAGAUAUUCCUAUAUUUGGUAACACUCAAUCCUGUAUCCUUAAACAAAUUGGUUUAGAGAGCUGAGGUGAAGCCAGCCUAGUCUUUUUAGUCUUAUAUCCAAACAGACUGUGCCAAGCCAGGAGCUUAAUCUGUGAAAUUCAUUCAAGUGGUUAGUCUCAUUCUGAAUGUUUUGUAAACCAUGUGUUUAAUUUACACAUUGCUAGAAAGGAUUUCUCCUUGAUGUGCUUGCCAAGUUCUCAACAUAUGUAUGAGAGUACUUCAAAAAGCUCAGGAAAGAUUCAUUUUAUCUUUCAAUUCUGCUUUUCCAUGAACUUUUCUAAGUACCCUCAUGCGUGUGUGUGUGUGUGUGUGUGUUUAAAGUAUUAGUUGGAUUUGACAGAUUGGAAGGUGUUUGCUGUGCAUAUUCUAAGGUGGGAAUAGGUCCUUGUAUACUUUAGCUUUCACGCAGGCAGAGGUAGCUCCUGCUGCAGACAGCUGAGGCAGAAAGAGAAAGGAGAAUGAUUGGGGAGUUGACCUAUUCCCUCCUUAUUCCUCUACCAGCUGGCUUUAUUCUUUUGACAGUUUUCUGGAGAUGAAAGAAGAUGGUAGUUUGCUGGAAAUGUUUUUGUAAGUGAACUCAGGUCUAUAAGCCAUGCCUACUGACAUACCUAAAUUAUUAAACAUGGAGCAAGAUGAGCAGAUGGUAUUAAGUUUUAUUGAAUUAUAGUUACAAGUGGAAAAAAUUACUGACCUACUGCAUGGAGAAAUAACAAUAUGUCAACCUGUUAAAAGCUAUUGAAAUUAAAAUGUUCACAUAUAUACAAAAUAUAAAUGAAGUGUAAGGUAAAAAUUACAGUGAUCAAUUUACAACAACAAAAAAAUUAACAUCAUACUUUUACAGCUUGUUUGAUUAAUCAAGCACAUUUACUCCCGAAACCUUAACAUUUCUACAAUUUAAUUUGGACAAAGUUCUAUUCCAAAUCAGCUAGGCUUUAAAACUGAAAUGUUAAGGGUAAAUUGUUAGCUCUCCCAGGAUUGGUGUAGAUGAAGAUAAAGAAUUUACACUUAAGCUCAGGUGAUGGUUCUGGAUUAGUGAACAGCUAAGUGAUUCUGCUGCUAUCAGGAGUGGUAGAGGUUUAGAGCUUUACCCCUUGGCAGUAUCCCUUAGAAGGGAGCUCAGAUUAAAUUUAAUGAACACUUAACUGAGAGCUUUUUAUGGACCAGGCAUUAUGCAAGGUUCUGGGGAUUACAGAGACAAUUACCUGUCCUGGUACUCAAGGUGUUAAUGAUCUAGUGUUGUUUUUUUAAAAACAAACAGAAAAAAAAAGAAAAGAAAAAGCACCUGCAUUUAUCAUCUUGAGUAAAUGUAAUAGCUUUAACCAGUGAUUUACUCAAGAUUCAAAUCUAUAGUUGUUUUGGAGAAAGUAAAUGUCAGAAGCAUUGUGGCUAUCAGGCACAGAGUAGGUGUUAAAUAAACAUGGUUGGUGUUUGUUCAAUGCGGAUUGAAAAUAAAAGUACUAGUAUUAAAUUUCAUAGGGAAGGGGUUUGCCUCAUUAAAAUUGGUUUUAAUUU